AUGCUUUCCGACUCCAACAUCGAAAUUAUGAAAAUUUUAGAUCAGUUCAAAGCAAAAUUUGAAUCAUACUGGAUAGGCCUGAAGAAAAAUGCAGACAAUGAAUGGGAAUGGAUCGAUGGUACCAAACCUACAACUCUUCGUUGGCGUAUAACUCAGCCCGAUCUAUGCUGCGGUUUCGGUGUAACUUGUACGCUGGUGAAUUACGUGGGUACCGAUGGUUACUGGGAUGAUGCUGGCUGUGAGUACAUUUGGAAUCUCAUUGGCCAGGGUUAUGCGUGUAAGAAGAACGCUACUGCCGUUAUAUAA